CUAUUGCUGUACCUGGAUAAAGGUACCUGGCUGUGAUUUCAAAGCAGAAGUUCAUCUGACGAAGCUUUGUGAAAUGGUGCAAAGAUAAUGGGAAAGCAUGAUCAUGAAGACCUGAGUGUUGGGAAUUAACUGAAGACAGAAGUACAGCUUCCACUGCGAGUGCCAUCAUGGCCAGUCUUGUUCUUAAUGAGACUGGGAUGGAGAACUGUGGCAUUGAUGACUCUUUCAAGUACAACCUGUAUGGUGUGGUGUACAGUGUUGCAUUUGUGCUGGGUUUGGUCACCAACUGUGCUUCACUGUUUGUCUUCUGCUGUCGCAUUAAAAUCCGUAACGAGACCACGCUUUUCAUGACCAAUCUAGCUUUAUCAGACUUAGUGUUUGUUUUUACUCUUCCUUUCAAGAUCUUUUAUAACGUGAAUCGCCACUGGCCAUUUGGUGAUACCUUGUGUAAGAUCUCUGGAGGAGCCUUCAUCACCAAUAUCUAUGGCAGUAUGCUGUUCCUGACAUGCAUCAGUGUGGAUCGCUUCCUGGCUAUUGUUUACCCCAUCCGUUCCCUCUCCAUCCGCACCCGUCGUAAUGCAGGUAUCGUGUGCGGUAUCAUCUGGCUGUUGAUACUCGGUGGGGGCAUGUCAGUUACAUUCUUCUCUUCCACCAACCAGUCCAAAACUAGCACCACCUGCUUCGAGGGAUUCUCCAAGAAAACAUGGAAGACGUAUUUGUCAAAGAUCACCAUCUUAAUUGAAGUGGUGGGUUUCCUUAUCCCACUGAUGAUCAACCUAGCCUGCUCUUCCAUGGUGCUAAGGACUUUACGUAGACCUGCUACACUGUGUCAGACUGGCACCAACAAGAAGCGUGUUUUACGCAUGAUUGUAGUGCAUUUGGCCAUUUUUAUCGUCUGCUUUGUACCUUACAAUUCUGUUCUGUUUAUUUAUGCCAUGGUGCGCAUUCGAGCACUUGUGAGCUGCUGGGUGGAGAGGCUUGCACGAAUCCUCUAUCCCAUAACACUUUGCAUUGCAACCUUCAACUGCUGCUUUGACCCGGUUGUCUACUACUUUACUUCUGAGUCUUUUCAGAAAUCACUGACUACUGGGAAGUGCCAGGCCAUGCAGGAAAACAUGCUGCAGAGUGAAUGCCCUGUAUCUAGCAAGGAUAAUCCUGACACACACGCAGUUGAGCUCCAUAUACUGGCCAGCAAUGGAAAAGAUCAAGCCAGUGAGAGCCAGUUUAGAAAGUAAUACAUAGUUUCAGGACUACAGUCACGAGGAUAUCUAUGAGAUUCUGGUCUCAGGAUGUAGCAUUAAAUACAAUGACUGGAAUUAGUACAUGCAUGGAACAUAUGUGUCUCUUUUAUAAUUUUUUCUGUCCAUUAGUUUUGUUGAUUACUUUUAGGUUUACAGGUGAGCCAGUAAGCUAAGAGUUACUCAUCACUGCAUUUUAUCAAUGAAUAUUACCAUAACACUUGUGUUUUUUAUCUUAUUGUAUUUUUACCCAGUCAAAGCACCGUUUGGAAGUGUUUAUUUCUCUCUUUCUCUCUCUCAAAAAUUAAUGUUAAUAUGACAUAUAAGCAUUUAAAUUAUACAUCUUAAUUAUACACUUAAUUAAUUAUGCAUAAUUAAUACUAUAGGCACAAUACUAUAGGCAAAAUAAUUGAUUUGCUCAAAACUGAUGAAAUACUUGAAAACUGGUGAGGUCCUUGAGUAAGACAUGCUAAGAACAAAAGCAUACUUCUGUAUGCAGGUAUGCACCAUCAGAUGGGAAUGCACGCCCAAAAUAUCCAAUCAUGUGUUACUGUGGCUGUAAUAAGGCUCAAUGGCCCUGAAUUUCAAAAAAUGUCCAAACUUGUCGUGUCGUUAUGCAGAGUCUGAGAUUUUUGCAUGUUGAAAAUUUAAUAGGACCUCAAGCAUUUUAAGAGGUGUUUUGACAAUUCAGAGCCACCAUACAACUGAACACCAAAAUCCAGAAUGGCGAUUGUCAAGUUCAUCCACUUUGUCUCAUAGCACAAAACACUGCAAAGAUCCUUGCACACCAAGUUCACAGAUAUUGGUGUUCUUCUUUUUAAUAUCUGGCUCUAGUAUCGCUAGCAAAGCAUCAAACUGAGCCACUGACAUCCUUAAGUAAAUCGCCCAUGAUAAUAAUGCUGCUCCUUAAUAUUGAGGGGGAAUCUGAGGAUUGGAUGGACACAGUUUUUCCUUUCUUUUUCUCUUUUUAAGAAGCAAAAACUGCUAGAAGACCCAAUUUAGUACGGUUUAGAAACAGAUUAACUUAUAAGCAUUAGACUCAGUGUGCAAGAAUUCAUACUUUUAGAAUAACGAAUACGGAACAAGGCAUUAAAAAAAUUCGGACUCGCUGUGCAAUGGCCUUAACACUUUAUUUUAAGGUGGCCCUUUCACAGUGUAAUUUACAUACAUUUAAGUAUGUAAAUGUUGUUAUGAUGAUAGUAAGUACAUGCAACAUGUAACUAGGACACUUUAAAAUAAAGUGUUGCCCUAUUCAGGUAGUUAUGAACUAAUUAGCCGUAAGAAUCACUUUAAACUGCUGCUACACUACUGACUAGCAGAAGACUGUUAACAUUAAUGUCCACCCCUUGGGACAAUUCUGAGAAUUAAUU